AUGGGUCCAAUUGAAUCAGCUUCAGGUCAGGCGCAAACCCAUACACAAACACGGACGUCAACAUCACCUGCAACGCGACGAUCCAUGUCAUCAAAGAAAACAUGCCAGCCUGGCAUUAUAUUCUCUCACCCAAUAAUUUUACUCCACGUGUCCAAGCGAUGUUGACAAUCCCCUCCACCAUAUAAAUAGCAGCUGCAUAUCUUCUCCUUUCCUGAAAACGUAAAAACCAUGGCAGCAAAUGACUACUUUGCUCCUCUCUUCCUCAUCUUCAUCUCCUCUUCCAUGGCCGCCCUUGUGCAGCAGCAGCCUCUGCUACUCAAGUACCACGACGGCGCCCUCCUCAAGGGCACCGUCACCGUCAAUUUGAUCUGGUACGGCACCUUCACCCCCACGCAACGCUCCAUAAUCAUCGACUUCCUCGAAUCCUUAAAUUCUACACAAACCCCCAUCCCCUCCGUCGCGUCGUGGUGGAGUACAACGGAGAAGUACAAUUCCGGCCAAGCCGCAUCCACCGCCGUCGUCGCCACCAGGCAGUUCCUCGACGAGGAUUAUUCCCUGGGGAAAUCUCUCAAGAGCUCCCAAAUCAAAUACCUAGCCGCAAAGGGGGGCCACGCUAACGCCGCGAUUAACGUCGUCUUGACGGCCAAGGACGUCGCCGUGGACGGCUUCUGCAUGAACCGGUGCGGCGGCCACGGGGCGAGCCGGGGGCCGGCCCGGUUCGCGUACGCCUGGGUGGGCGAUGCAGAGUCGCAGUGCCCGGGUUACUGCGCGUGGCCGUUCCACCGUCCGGUUUACGGCCCGCAGGCGGCGCCGCUGGUGGCGCCGAACGGUGACGUCGGAGCGGACGGGAUGGUGGUGAGCCUGGCGGCGGCGCUGGCGGGAGCGGUGACGAACCCGUUCGGGGAGGGGUAUUUCCAGGGCGAGGCGGCGGCGCCGCUGGAGGCGGUGACGGCGUGCGCGGGGGUAUUCGGGUCGGGCGCGUACCCGGGUUAUGCUGGGAGCGUGCUGACGGAUGAGACGACGGGUGGGAGCUACAAUGCGCACGGGGUGAAUGGGCGGAGGUACCUGCUGCCGGCCAUGUGGGACCCGCAGACUUCACAGUGCUCCACGCUUGUCUGAGAAAAAUGAGAUGUGAAAAAGGGAACUACUUUGUGAAUAUGGGAUGCUGACGCGGGUUGUACUUUGGGCUACGGGAUGUGUGGAUAUGUUGUUGUAAUGCAUGACGUGUUGUACAUUGCAUUUUAUGAUCUGAUAAUGAAACAGUUGGGUACGUGAAGCCAACUGUAUCGUGUUAAUCAUGUUGUUUUUACUAAGCCAAAAGAAGGAAAUGCUUUAUGGUUGCUAGGAGGAUUAAUUGUUUAUUUC